AUGAAGGACCACGCGGUGGGCUCGGGCGCAGGCGAGGUCCCCCGGCCAUUCCGUGCCGUACUGGUGACCGGCGCCAGCGGGCUCGUGGGGUCUCACGUGGUGCGGGCGCUGCUGGCGGGGCAGCUGGCGGAGGAGGCGAGGAUUGGAGACAGCGUUGUUGGGUGGAGAGCGGUAUCACAAAGGGGUGUCACGAUGGUUCGCUGCCUGACCCGGCAACCCACUCCCGAGCUCCUCCAGCUGGAGAGGGACCAUGCGGGCCGGGUGAAGCUAUGUAUCGGCGAUAUGCUCGGCCCAGCCUGCCGUACAACCGUGGCGCCUCACCUAACCGCUGAUGGGGGCUGCGACGGUCUCAUCAACUGCGCUGCGCACUACCGCUGGUGGAGCCGCAGUACGGAGAUGUACGGCGCUCUAAACGAGGUGGCGGUUUCGGAGCUUAUGAAGCUGGCUCUGGAAGCCAAAGUUACACAGAUCGUACAUGUCAGCACCAUCCUCGCAAUGGGAUGCCCUCCCGGUGGCUGGGGCUCCCCCACGCGUCCCCUCCAACCCGACACGCCCCCGGGGCCCACCGCCAGCCUCUACGCACGCAGCAAGGCGGCAGGUGAUGCGGCUGUGUUGCGGCUCGCUGCGGAGACCGGGCUGCCUGCGUGUGUGGUGGCGCUGGCAUGUGUGGUGGGUGCGGACCGGAGGCUGGUUUCUGGGCCCCAGGACGACGUGAUGCGAAUUGCGGAUUUGGUGCGCGGCAAGGUCCCAGCGGCCCUGGGCCAUGACACGGUGUUCACCUACAUCGGGGUGCGGGACGCUGCCGCAGCCAUUGCCGCCGCGCUGCUGCGAGGCCGACCUGGGCGCAGAUACCUGGUGGGCAAUCAGAGAAUGACGACUGCCGAGUUCUACGACACCCUGGCCCGGCUCAGCGGCACGCCGGCACCCACGUGGAGGGUACCCGUGGGGGUGGCGGCGGCGUGGGCGGCGGCCGCUGCUGGCUGGGCUGCACUGACGGGCGUGGCGCCGCAGCUCGUCCAGUGA